UUCUUCUACAAUUUCAUCUACAAUAAAUUCUUGUAGUUUCAUCUGCACCAACUGCUUUUAUCCCCAACAAAAUGUCUAUCCUCACUAUGGGCGAAUCACAUAGAGGAACGGUUGCAAACAUAGCAACUUAUGAUUUUUCAAGGUUCCGGACUCGGGUCCACGAAUAUGUCCAUAUGGACCCGAUGAUUCAAUCUUAUGUUGAACUCCCCGGUUUUGGUCAUAUAAGCAAGAUUUUGUCUUGGUCGGUAGAUAACAAAUUCAUUCUUGCUUUAUGCGAAAGAUGGCGUCCCGAGACACACACAUUCUGGUUCCCAACCGGUGAGUGUGCCGUGACGUUAGAAGACGUCUAUAUGCUUUUGGGACUGCCCAUUGAAGGUAAGGUUGUAAAUGGUAAAACCAAUUAUGCAAAUUCAAUUUGCAUGGACCUCUUGGAGACUGAUUUGUUAGAUGAUAACUCAAGAGGUCAAGGUAUACUCCUUUCACGCCUUAAGUCAUACUAUAACAGUUUAUACUUAGAUGAACAUUCUACCGAAGAUGCUCGAAUAAUAAAAACUAGGUGUUAUAUUAUGCUUUUAAUUAGUUCUUUUUUAUUUCCCGAAGGUAGUGGUUCUAGCAUGCAUAUUAUGUAUUUACCUUUACUUAGACAUGUAGAUAGAAUAGGAAGUUACAGUUGGGGAUCUGCCGGUCUGUCUAGCCUAUCUCUAUAGCUUUUUAUGCAAGAACUCACACAAAGACACAUUUACAUUUUCUGGAUGUGUUGUUUUUUUUCCAAGCAUGGGGUUGGUCAAGACCACCGUCCCUAGCACCCGUCAAAACAACCCAUUCACAUUCCCGUAUGCACAAAAGUAAGUUGUUUAAAUUGCUAUAUCUUUAUUUACUUCUUUAAAGAUUAUUAUCUCUAACUAAUAUUUUUAUCUUUUUGGUGUAAAUGUUCUGCACGUGGUAUGAGUUAUAACAGAUGUUCUAGACAUUGUAUUACUCAGUAUCGCAAUCUGUUGGAUCACCUUCGACCGACAGACGUAAGGAUAAUAACCUCAUUAUUUCGUUAUAAUUUGUUAACUUCUUCUACCUAGAUUAUAAUCCUAUUUUCUUUCACAUUUCAGUUCAUUUGACGUUCAUACCUUAAUUUGGAUCAUGAC